UUUUAUUAUUAUUAUAUAUUAUUCUCGUGUCAUACCUGUGUAUGUAUAUUCCACCUAUAUUGUUCUUAAAUAAAUAUGUCUUUAUUUUAAAAUAUUUCACAUUUGACCUUAAAAAAAGUCUAUUUUCCACAGACAAAUAAUAAUAAUAUUAAGAAAAAUAAAAUAUUUUUAAACCAAAUAAAUAUUUAAGUAAAAAUAAUUAAUUUCAAUACAAUAUGUUCUUUUAAUUGCAAAAAGUUUUUGUUAGUGCAAGAUCUUGAAUGAGUUUAUACUUUAGACUUUCCAGUUAAUAUCAAAUAGACAUGAUGCUGCGGAACUUAUUCUACACGUAAUAUUUUGUAUCAUCGAUGUCAAUUAUAUAAUCCUAUGCAACUAUUUUGGGCAAGAAAUUAUGGAUAACAAUAACAAAGUAUUUGUCACCGUAUAUAACGUUCAGUGGUACGUAGCUCCGUUGCAAGUACAAAAGAUGCUAUUAUUUCUCUUGCAAAGAGGUAACAAGGCAUUUACUUUGAAUCUUGAUGGAUUAAUGACUGGAUCGUUAGAAAAUGCUGCUACAUUGAUGAGUACCGCAAUAUCGUAUUUCACUCUUCUUCAUUCUACGCAAAAUUAACACAAAACUGAUCAGUUAAGAGUAGAGUAAAAUAAUGAUAAAGAAGAAACUAAUUAAUCGCAAAUUAUAUGCCAUAAACUACACAAACAAUUAGGUAAUUGAUAAUUUCUAUGUAUUGUAAGGACUAACUCUUAAUUGUAUAGGAAAAUACAAAAGGCAAUACUUACAAAGCAGUAAGUAUAUUGCACAAUAUAAGUUAAAAAUUAUGACAUAUUUGUUAUUAAUAUAUAUCGUUAAUCUUUGAUAUUUCAAGCUGAACAGUUGGUAAUUCUCUGAAGAGGCAAACGAAACUUAAAACAGCACGCACUAGAAUGAGGAACGUUGAAACAUGUUACAUUGGAAGGGAUAGAAAUACACAUGCGCAGUCCACUGCCGCACAAGUCCCUUCACAAAGUUCUUUUUUCUGGAAAAUAAACACCUGUUACAUUAUUCUAUAGUUGAAUUAAUCGAUCGAACCACUCACAUGCCUUUUUUCAAAUAAAGGUGUAAAUUACCAAGUGUUCCAAUCUCACGGUGGUACUGCCUUCGUUCAUACCGCCUUACAUUUACAUUAAAUUAGACAAUUUGUAUGAAAACUUAAAUAAAAAAAAAAAAUUAAGAAGCUAUAGAAUCAAUCGACAAAGAAAAAGAAGAGAAUACUUGAACGGAUUAUUUCUUUAUCAAAUGUAUACCAACGCUCAUAAGGAAAUGAUCUGUGCCGACUCUUUGAAUGUUGGUCUAAAUCGGUUUUUAUUACUCACAAUUGGUUUAUGGCCUUAUCAACAAUCUAAAAUCGUACGACUUCAAGUAAUUUUAUGUAUUGGUAUUUUGGCAAGUUUUAUUUUAGUUCAGCUUACAGUAUUUGUGACUUUAAAAUGUACUGUGGAUUUGCUUAUCAACGUUCUCUCUUCUGCAUUAGUUUAUACAAUAUUUGCAAUCAAAUACAUUUCGUUUAGCAUUAAUACUGAUAUUGUAAAAUAUUUGUUGGAACAAUUGCUGGAUAUCUGUAAUGAGUUAACUGAUGAGAAUGAAAUCAAUAUUAUAAAAAAGUACAGUAGCUAUGCGAAACGUUAUACACUCCUAUUAUUACUGUUUGCCAUAUCAUGUACAUCCGUUUUAAUUAUAUACUCAUUAUUUUCACAAAUUUUCAAUAUCCUAUUCUUAACAAAUGCAACCGGACAUUAUUCAUUGCCGUUAAUGACUGAAUAUUUCAUCGAUCAAGAAAAACAUUUUUAUUUAAUAUUGUGCCAUGCAAACGCGGCCACUGGUUUAGGAGUUACCAUAAUAUUAGGAACAGGAACAAUGUUCAUAUUUUAUCAACAACAUGCGUGUGGAAUGUUUCAAAUCGCCAGUUAUCGUAUUAAACAAGCAAUAACGUUCGAUACUUUACAAAAAAACAGCUUGGAGAAAGAAAAUUUGAUUUACAAAGAAUUAAUUUGUGCUGUAGAUAUGCAUCGCAAAGCUAUGAACUUCUCUGAUUUGAUAAUAUCCAGAUUUAAAGUAAUGUUCUCUCUUUUGAUAAUAGCUAAGAUUUUUCAGAUGGUAUCAUUUGGAUAUAAUGGAGAUAUUAUGCAGCUUUUAACUCCCAUAAUAUACGCAAUGAUUAUAUUGAUGUACAUAAUGAUGGGCAACUAUUUUGGACAACAAAUUAUAGAUCAUAAUAAUAAUUUAUUUGUCACCGUGUAUAAGAUUCAGUGGUAUAUAGCUCCAUUACAUAUACAGAAGUUGAUACUAUUUCUAUUACAAAGAGGUACCAAGACAUUCAAUAUGAAUAUUGCUGGAUUGUUUGUGGGAUCAUUACAAGGCGCAGCUACGUUAAUCAGUACCAUAUUGUCGUAUUUCACUGUUCUUCAUUCUAUACAUUGACGUACAAUGAAUUAAUUAAAAAUACUAUAAAAAAACAUGUAAUAAAAUUUAUUAUAAACAAAUAACGUUGGCUAUUACAUAAAAAAUAGACAAACUAAGAUACGUUAAGAUUGAUUAUGGAGAAAAAUAUAAAGCUACAAAAAUACAAAAAUAUAUAAAAAAAAAUAUGUUUAAAAAAUUAAAAAAUGUAUUUAAUAAUAAUAAAAAACUAUAAUAAAUUACUGUUAUAACCUU